AUGCGAUCCACGGCGCGCGCGACGGUGACGCCGACGCCGCGCGCGCGCGCGCGCGUGGUUCGAACGAACGGGGUGAAGAAGAAUGCGGCGAACGCGGCGACGGUGGCGAAGAGCGACGGCGCGGAGGCGGUGAAGGAGAACGUGCGGUGGCACGCGGCGAAGUCCACGAGCGCGCUGCCGAUUGAAUUUGGGACGCCGGAGAUGUACCAAGCCGUGGCGCAGUCCGUGCGCGAGGGUUUGUUCGAUCGAUGGAACGACACGUACGCGCACUUCCACAAGGAGAAUCCAAAGCAGGCGUACUACCUGUCCAUGGAGUACCUGCAGGGACGGGCGCUGACGAACGCGAUCGGUAACAUGGGUCUCACCGGUGAGUACUCCGACGCCCUUCGCUCGCUCGGGUACACGCUCGAGGACGUGAUGAGCGUCGAACGCAACGCGGGUCUCGGUAACGGCGGCUUGGGACGACUCGCGUCGUGCUUCUUGGACUCCAUCGCCACGCUCGAUCUCCCGGCGUGGGGAUACGGCUUGCGCUACAAGUACGGGUUGUUCAAGCAAGCGGUCGACAAGAAGACGGGCGAACAGCUCGAAUUCGCCGACGACUGGCUCGAGGUUGGCAACCCGUGGGAAGUCGCGCGUCCGCAAACCGCGUACCCGAUCAACUUUUACGGCAAAGUCGUAGACGGCAAGUGGGUUCCGGGUCAGCAAGUGCGCGCGGUCGCGUACGACUCCCCGAUCCCGGGUUACGACACGCGUAACUGCAUCUCGCUUCGCAUGUGGGACGCCCAGCCCUCCGCCGUGGACUUCGAUCUCGCCUCGUUCAACGCGAGCGAUUAUGAGACCUCCAUGGGCCCGACCAACUUGGCCGCCAUGUUGUGCGCCGUCCUUUACCCGGGCGACGGCACUCGCGAGGGUAAAGCGCUUCGAUUGAGCCAGCAAUACAUGCUCUGUUCCGCGUCCGUUCAAGACAUCUUGGCGCGCUGGAAGGAGCGCGGCAACACAGACUGGACCAAGCUCCCCGAAAAGGUUGCGAUUCAAAUGAACGACACGCACCCGACGCUCGCCGCGCCGGAACUCAUGCGUAUCCUGAUGGACGAAGAGGGUUUGAGUUGGGACGACGCUUGGGCCAUCACGACCAAGACGGUGGCUUACACCAACCACACGGUGAUGCCAGAGGCUCUCGAAAAGUGGCCGCUGGAUCUCGUCCAAGAGCUCCUCCCGCGCCACUUUGAAAUCAUCAAGCGCAUCGACGACGAAUUCGUUGCGUCCGUGAAGGCCAAGUACGCCAGCAAGCCGGCAGCCGAGAUCGAGCGCGCGAUCGGAGCGAUGCGAAUCCUCGAGAACUAUGUUUCUCCAGAGGAGAAGGCGGCUAAGAAGGCAACCAAGGCGUCGAAGAAGGACAAGAAGGACAAGAAGGACAAGAAGGAUGAUAAAGAAGAAGCCGAAGCCCCGGCUGUGGUGCGCAUGGCAAACUUAUGCUGCAUCUCUGGUAUGGCAAUCAACGGCGUCGCCGCUAUCCACUCGGAGAUUGUCAAGGACGUUGUCUUCAAUGACUUCUACCAGCUCUUCCCAGAGAAGUUCCAGAACAAGACGAACGGCGUGACGCCGCGCCGUUGGUUGGCGUGGGCGAACCCACAGCUCUCCGAGGUCAUCACAAAGUGGGUUGGCAACGAUGAGUGGAUCACUAACACCGACGAGCUCCGAAAGUUGGCUGACAACGCCUCCGACUCUAAGCUCCAAGCCGAGUGGAAGGCGGCCAAGCUCGCCCGGAAGCAAAUCUGCAAGGAUUACAUCAAGAAGGUGACGGACAUCGAUGUCCCGAUCGACUCCAUGUUCGAUGUUCAAGUCAAGCGCAUCCACGAGUACAAGCGUCAGCUUUUGAACAUCCUAGGCAUUAUUUACCGAUACAAGCAGAUGAAGGCAAUGACUCCGGAGGAACGGGCCAAGUGCGUGCCGCGCGUCUGCAUCUUCGGUGGUAAAGCGUACGCGACGUACAUGCAAGCGAAGCGCAUCGUCCGCCUCAUCAACAACGUCGGAUCGAUCGUGAACAACGACCCGGAGAUUGGUGAUCUACUCAAGGUCGUGUUCGUUCCGGACUACAACGUUUCCUUGGCUGAAACUCUCAUCCCGGCGUCCGAGCUGUCUCAGCACAUCUCCACCGCGGGUACCGAGGCGUCCGGCACCUCCAACAUGAAGUUCCAGAUGAACGGUUGCUUGAUCAUCGGCACCCUCGACGGUGCCAACGUCGAGAUCCGCGAGUGCGUGGGUGAGGACAACUUCUUCUUGUUCGGCAUCACCGAUCCGGAAGUUGAGCCAGCGCGCAAGGAGCGCGCUGAGGGCAAGUUCGUCCCGGACAAGCGCUUCACAGAGGUCGUGGAGUACGUGCGCAGUGGUGUCUUCGGCGAUAAGUUCGAAGAGCUCUUGGGCUCCCUCGAAGGUAACGAAGGCUUCGGCCGCGGUGACUAUUUCCUCGUCGGUAAGGACUUUGCAUCCUACCUUGAGGCGCAAGAGCGCGUGGACGAAGCGUACCGUAACCAGCAAGGCUGGACCGAGUCCUCCAUCAUCUCCACUGCCUACAGCGGCAAGUUUAACUCUGAUCGUACCAUCGAUCAGUACGCGAAGGAGAUCUGGGGCAUCACUCCGUGCACGGUGCCGGAGAGAAAGUAA